GGACAGGAGAUGAAUGGUCGAAGACAAGUCAAGCAACUCCACCUUGCAGCUAGCAUACGCUGAUUUCACUCCACUCAGCUACUCUACAAUAAACACAUCACAGGCGCAUCCUUUCAUCUUCCUCCUUCCAGUUCCAGAGCUCCCAGGAAGCUCAAACAGCCAAAAAUGGCGCCACCAUCACCGAAGAAUCCCAACCUUUACGGUUACCACCUCUGCUUCCUUCUCCUCAUGUUCUCGACCACCCUCUCAGCCGCUCUCUCCACCUCAUACUCCUCCGUCUGCCCUGACUUCACGUCCGCUCAGGACAUUCACACAGACCACAACGACACCCUUUCACUCACCCGUUCCUUCCAAAUCUCCACUGGUUACUUCCCCUCCGGCGGCGAGGGAGGCCUGUUCAUCGCUGAUGAUGACCUUUACAACAGCUACCGUUCAUUUUCCCUUUUCCCCCAUGGCGCCUCCCGCACUACCGACCAGGCUCUCCUUCACCUCAGCGCCACCCUCACCAUCAUCGGCCCCCGCAGUCGACGCACCUACCGGAGUAGUGGUUAUCGCCAUAAUUACACCCUUCCCGGGUCUAUCUCGUUCAUCCUCGACGGCUACUACUCCUCAGUCUCGCUCCAGCUCUGCAUGGUCGGCACGGGCACCGAGCAAGCCCCCGGUGGCUCUCUCAAACACUACCCGGACGUCGCUCUCCGCCUUCGCGUCCCCAGUCCUCCCAGCCUCACCGACCCCUUCGUGAACGGCACUCUAGAGGGCUCUGACGACUUCAGCACCAUCCAUCUCCUUGCGUACGCCGAGGGCGGCGACUACAAGUACGGCUCCCAGGGCGCAUAUUGUGGCACAUCUAGGCAGGAGGCCAGGGGCUCGUUCCAGGCGCUCGGCAGCAUCGGCUUCGCCUGGUGUGCCCACCUGAAAGAACAGCUCAUGACCUCUUACAGGCUGCAGGAGCACGGUGGUGGCAGCACGCUCCUGCGGCGGCUUGGCGAGCCGACGGCGAUGGACAUCAACCAGAUGCACUGCACCGAGGAUGGCGGCGUGCGCGCAUACGUGGUGUUCCCCAACCGUACCGGGGCCGAGAGUCCCAGGUUCUACUAUCGUCAACGACACUUCUUGGUUGACGAGGAGGCGGUGGUGGCCGAGGGGCGUUGGGACCGGGAUCAGGGCGUGCUUUGCCUCAGGGCGUGCCGGGUGGUGGGCUCGGCCUCGGCGCCAUCUGCUCUUGCGGUGCAAGAGCAUGAGUGCGGGAUCGGGAUGAGCUUCUGGUUCCCAGCCGUGUGGACGAUGCGGGACCGGAGCAUCGUGGCCGGGAUGCUUUGGAACUCGACACAAGAAACGACGGGCAACAAGGACGACGCUGGAGUGAUAAGAGCGUCCAGCAUCGAAGUCGCCGACCACAACCACAUGUUCAUCCAGGGCGACCACAGAAGCAGCAACCUCUCAGAUGUGAAAUACACCUACAACGACACGAUGCUUGAGGAGGCGAAGAAGCAUUAUGAUCUGAAAUUCAAGAAGGAGAAGAUGAGGGGGUCGCACUCGUUCCCGGGUAACUAUACUUACCGUGAUUUCGAAUUCCAGUUCUACGGGCAUAGAAUGGGGAGCGGACAAGCCUACCCGGUCACAAUUGGUUUGGUGAUGGUCUACGGAGAGAGGCUGGCUGCGGAAGAUUCUUUCACCAAACAGGCGGUGGUGGUUCACAAGAAGAAUGCUCUGCUGAGCGUCAGCUAUGAUAUACGGUAUUCCGCUCCACGGAAGCGUCCUAGGAUUACAAAUGGCUCGCUCGUGCUUACCCCUGAUGAAGAGCUGCGAAUCUCAGCAGAGGGUGUUUAUGAUCCCGAGAGGGGCAUCCUGUGCAUGGUUGGUUGCCGAGAGCACAAUGGCUCCACGGACUGUCAGAUACUGGUAACCGUCAAGUUUUCUUCUCUCGAUGCCAGGGCGCAGGGGCACGGCAGGGGAGUAAUCAGCAGCCUCAGAAAACAGACGGACAGUCUUUUCUUCGAGAAGAUCGACAUCCGUUUGUACGGGAUGUUUUCCAACCAACUGUCGGAGGCAGUAUCGAGGAUCGACUUGGAGAGCAUCAUGCUGGUGGCUUCCGCAACGCUGUCGUGCAUCUUCACCGUCCUGCAGAUCUUCCACACCAAGAAGAACCCCGAGGCGGCCCCGGCAACGUCGAUCACUAUGCUCGUGAUCCUCACACUGGGGUAUCUCACUCCUCUUGUGCUCAACUUUGAGGCAAUGUUCAUGAGCAGGAGGAGCCGGUACUUUGAGUACGCCAUGGGCGGGCCACUCGAGCUGAACGAAGUGAUGAUGAGGGCGCCUAUUCUGAUCGCCUUCGUGCUUCAGCUGCGCCUCCUUCAGCUUGCAUGGUCUGGUCGCUGCAAAUCAGUCGACCAGACGACGUCCUCGCCCGUCGUGUCGGAGAGGAUUGUGCUGCAGAUAUGCCUGCCGCUGUACAUGCUCGGAGCAGUCCUCGCCACGAUCAUCCAUGUGAUCAACGUCCGUGCAGCCAGGGAGGACCCAUUAGUCGUCCGCAUAGGAGGAGAGCCAGCCACGGUUUGGGAAGACCUCGUGUCAUACGCGGGGCUGAUACUAGACGGCUUCCUGCUACCACAGGUAAUUCUAAACACGUCACUGGCAAGUCCUGGAGUUCGUGCUAUCUCGCCGUGGUUUUACAUAGGGUGCACCAUGAACCGGGUGAUGCCUCACGUGUAUGAUGUAGUUAGGGGCCAGAUAUACAAGCAGAGCAUAAACCCCUCCGACCUAUACGCAAGCCCUCGUGCCGACCUCUUUGGUGUCGCGUGGGACAUCAUCAUACCGUGCGGAGCAGCGCUUCUGGCUGUGUUGUUGUUCAUGCAGCAGCGGCUUCGAGGCGCCCAGUCGCUUCCAUCACAGAGGAGAUCGGGUGGAUACGAGUUGGUCUCUACUCUCUAACAUCUGACUUAAAAUCAGGGCUACUCUUCUUCAGCAAAGAAAAUGAAAAUGUACCUCAAUAUAUUGUUGAAUGUCUCGUCCAUAUGCUCUUCAACGUUUUUGUAAUCUAUGUUCUUUCCUUAACGGAAAAAUUUGUCGGAGCUAUCAGCCAUGUUUUAUGCAUCAAAAUAAAGGAAGAACGGUCACGUGAAUGUCACUAGCUUUUUCUAUAAA